AUUUCAAGCACUCUCUUUGAAUCCAAGUCUCUCUGCCACCCUCUCACCAUCCGAUUACUCCCUCCCACCUCUGUUCUCUCUUUCUUCCCAUAUUUCUCCUCUCCAAAUUUCUCGUCUCUUUUUUUUCUCAAAGACAAACCCACAUUCCCCUCGAAAUGUCGUUCGAUGAAGAAGACUCUAUUGAACACACCCUCCUCGUAGUUCGCGAAGUCUCCGUCUUCAAAAUACCGCCCCGCUCCACCUCCGGCGGUUACAAAUGCGGGGAGUGGCUCCAAUCCGACAAGAUCUGGUCUGGUCGACUCCGGGUUGUCUCCUGCAAGGACCGUUGUGAGAUUCGGUUAGAGGAUCCCAACUCGGGUGAGCUUUUUGCCGCUUGUUUCAUCCACCCGGGACAGCGCGAGAGUUCCGUCGAGCCGGCUCUCGAUUCAUCUCGAUACUUCGUGCUCAAGAUCGAGGAUGGCAAUGGAAAACACGCGUUUAUUGGGCUCGGUUUUAAUGAACGGAACGAGGCGUUUGAUUUCAACGUGGCGUUGUCAGAUCACGAGAAGCAUGUUAGAAGAGAGAACGAGAAAGAGACUGGCGAGACGAGUGACAGUGAUUCUCAUAUUGAUAUUCAUCCCGCUGUUAAUCAUAGAUUGAAGGAAGGUGAGACUAUCCGGAUUAAUGUGAAGCACAAGCCAUCUAGUGGAACCAGUAUGCUUUCAGCUGCGGGAUUGUCUGGUAGUGGAAAGCCUAAGACCUUGAGCCUUGCUCCACCACCCAGUGGUGCUGGAAAAAUAAGGUCUCCUCUCCCACCCCCUCCCAAUGACCCUGUUGCUGCUCGGCUUGCCUCUACUAGUCAAGGUGUUGGUCAAAGAGCACCCAAAGAAAACAUGAAACAAACCAACCCAUCAACAUAUUUGUCUCAACUAGAGAGGAAUCACCUUCCAGCAACCGGAUCAGGAUCUACGAAGACCACUGCAUCAGGAUGGGCAGCUUUCUAAAUCUGCAUUAUCAUUUAUUCUCAAGUAUGUAAGCUCUUGUGUUUGAUGCUUUUGAUAUUUGAAACGAAAAAGGAAAUGAAGAAAGGAAAAAAGGGACAGGGUGCCUUAUACUUUCAUGUUUGGAAAAUAAUAUCAUAUAUAUAUAUAUAUAUGCCUCUUUCGUCCGACGUGAACCAUUUAUGUUUUCUUAUACAAUUUCAAUAUAAUAGAGAAAAUCAAUAAAUUUUCUGUUAAA